AUGGGCGGGUCCAACACAAGCGAGAGCAGCGCCGAACUGCUGGCCAGUAUAUACGUACUCAACCAGUCCCAGCGGCCUUGUUCUGUGAUGGAGUUCUUAACUAUACCGAAUGAGUCAUCGGCAAAUGAGUUGGCGGCGAACGAGUCGGCGGCGAACGAGUCGGCGGCUACCGAGUCGGCGGCUACCGAGUUGGCGGCGAACGAGUUGGCGGCGAACGAGUCGGCGGCGAACGAGUCUGCGGCGAACGAGUCGGCGGCGAACGACUCGUCUAUGCUGCUGCUGAUGUUGAGUCAUCUGUCUAAACUGGAUGGGUCGUAUGGCGCCGCCGAGGCGACGCGAUUAGUGGGCAUGCUGGCGGGUAGUACUGCUGCGGCGACCGUGGAGCAGGAGCUGACUAAAAUAAGGGUCAUCAGGAAUCUGUUGCCGAAAACGGAGCUGGCCCCGCUCGACGUGCUUGGACAGUUCAUGAAUUCAAGAACGACUCGCAUUGCGGCCUACGCAGGUGAGUGCCUUUAUGAGCUUCAGCCAUUCCACCGAGAGUACAUCGACCAGUCAUUAAUUGCUCGUCCGGACAGCGCGGGAAUGGUUGCAUUUUAUUCGUAUGUGAAAGUUCCCCGAUCAAGUUUGGUCGUGAACUACCUCAGUGGAGACGACCACCGCCUCGUAGAAGUGUGGUUGCAAGGACUGGCCUACCAAGACGCCAUAUAUCCCCAAAAGGCGGCAACGGUUCAUCGCGUCGUCCUGACCAGUCUUUGGCUUCUUGCGCGAUUUCUGCAAGACAGCCACCCCCAGCCAGUCCUUUUGCAGCCUUUACUGAGGCAAGCCAUCGCGCUAGCUAUCUGGCACGACGACGGCAGUGUCAGAGCUCUGGCCCACGCAGUCGUGCAAGAAAUGAUAGGCCGAGGGAACUUCCAUGACGAAGGUCGUGGCGCCAUUCUCAAACUCAUCCCCAUGCAAGCUGACACUAGCGGAGCUGACACUAGCGGAGCUGACACUAGCAGCGACAGCAUGCACGAAGCAUCGGAGAUUCUGGCCAGGCGUUUCGCACGGCUGGUCGAGCACAGCGUCUUCGGCUUUGAGGCCUGCGUCGUGGGUGGCAUCGAGAUGCUUCUCACUACCCGACCCAAUAAGUGUUUCCCGCGGCAUGCUACCACACUCCGGAGGCUGCUGAGUCAAGCGGUGUCGCGGUACCCACAAGACGUGUCAGCCGUUGUCCACCAUUUCACGCGGCGGCUCCUGCACGAUGACAACAUCAGAAUGCUUCUUAAAAUUCAGAACCAAAUCAGUCUUCAACGGCUUGUCCUUCUAUGCUCAUUGAUAACCGUGGAGGGAGUGAAAUAUGACGAAGAGGUGAGCAAUCUGGUUAUCCUCUUCUGUGAGGCGCAGGUGCAAAAACUCAAAAACGAAAAGACGCGUUGCCGGCGCCGUGGUCCGGGAGUCAUGGGCUGUGACGACAUUGAAGACGUUGAACCAUGUGUUAGACUGCUUGGCUGUGUCGAUGACAUGCUAAGUCGGAAUUCGCCGAACAGGGAGUGCACGACCUUGGACUUAGAAGAACCGACCUUGGCGGCGGCGGGAAAACGCCUCGUGCGUUGCAAGGUUGAGUUUGUCACAGAGGUGCUAAAGCAGCACAAAUGUCCGUUAAGUAAUUUCCUCAUUAGUGAAAUUUGUAUGCAGCCCGUCCAGUUGCCUGCCUCGGCAGCCUGGCGGGUGACGGCCGAGUAUUUAAGGAAGGCGAGAAACGUUCCGACCUCACAACUGGAUAAAGUAGUCCUCGGGACGCUGUGGUCUGCAUGCGCGGAUCUGAAGGCAGGUCGCUUGCCAGCACCGGAGUUGUGGACUGCGUAUUACGACCUUCUCCUGGAUCACCUGCCUGUCAAACUUCUGCAAUGCUCAGUGCCUCUCUGCUUGACGGUGUCCUACGUGCUACUGGUUCGUCUACUGGCCUACGCUCACAGCCGAAACGAGUCCGCUCGGAGUAACGACCGACUAAGUCGUGCUAAUGAAGCUAAUCAAGAACACGGCUUUACGACGAAGGACGACGGGUUUGCGACGAAGGACGACACCUUUGCGACCAAGGACGCAGUCGACUCCUGCCAGGGUUUCCAAGAAAAGUGUGCACGUGUGUUGGCUGUAGCUGCAAUGCACCCGCUGGACCCCGUUCGGGCGGCGGCCGCAAUGCGAAUCGACUGCUACGAGGAUCUAGCCUGGAUCAUCCGCACACGGCAACUCAACUCCGGUACCGGUCUGGGCUCUAACUCCUGGUUCCAGAGAUGCUACUGGGACCUGACCACCUACAAGAUGAAAUCACCUUCAUCACCUACAUUCUACUUGGUCGGGCCAACACCGCCGCUGGUUGUGCCUGCUUCCAUACAGCGACUCGGACAACUAGAGCCUCUGGUCCGUCUACUCGGAUGUAAUGCCACCCCUGAGAUACAGGACCAAAUUCUGACGAGUUUAUGCGACUAUUUUCUCACUCGCAUUCCUUCGGCACAUCCUUCGCCAAACCAAGCUGAGCCUCCGCCCACCCUUUCAUCAGACGAGACUGUCCUUCUUUCCGUCCAUGAUUUAGUCCAGACCUUGCUCCAACCGAACCAGCAAUUGAAUUGGACCACACGCGGCCGUCAGCUGCUCUCUUUGGUGGCGUCGGCGUACCAGCAGAACACAAUUCCCCUAUCUCUGUGCGAGAAUGUGAAGGCCCAGAAGGUUGCUUUGUCUUGGGGCUUGCUUUAG